UACACUUUCCUGUGUGUACUGGAAUGAAGCCAAAUGGGUUCAACUUGGCUGUAAUGCAUUUAAAAUAAGUAGCACUCACACCAAGUGUUCCUGUGAUCACCUGUCAGUGUUUGCUCUCAUCAAGAACAUUGUUCCAUGUAAGACACUAUUUGGAGCCACAGUGUCCAUGCACUGCGAAAUCGUCCUGAACAUGCCCUUUGCUCGGGGGGUGGGAAUCUUCUUCCUCACUUUGUGUCUGCUGACAUUUGCUUUUUGUUGUCAAAACUCAAAUGAGACCAACGCAGCGCUGAUAAACCUGUGUUUAAACCUCCUGCUGUUUGACCUUCUUGACCAGCCCAAUUCUCUUUUCCAGCUUCAUCUACAAACCCCGCAAUCCUGUGCAAUUAUGAAGAGUCUCCGCAGGUUCUUCUUCAUCUCUACUUUUGUGUGGAUGUUCAUUGAGACUGUUGUGAUCUUCUUGUUCUUGAAAAAUAUAUCACAGAUCAGAUCAAACCUGGAACAGGGGCUUAGGUGGAACAGGGUGAAUAUGGUUGGAUACCUCAUUCCUGUGGUAGUAGUGAUUGUGUGUACUGCAAUCAGUGCUCAAAAUGAUGUUAAUGGAGAAUGCUGGGAAACUAAAGAUGAAGAGAAGAAAUUUGACUAUCUUAUACUUUUCAUUGUUGCGUCAAACGUGCUUCUCUACAUCAUCAUCAUCAUCAUGAUGGUCUUCACCCUGAAGCAGUUGCGAAACAUGAACCUUCAGAGGCCCAACAGGGACAAUACAAAUCUGGUCAUGCGUGUGAUGUUUAAAAGCCUGGCCCAGUUUAUCAUCCUCGGUUGCUACUGGAUUCUCCGCUAUAUCCCCACUGACAAUGUGGGAUUGUAUAACGUCUUCCUGUUCCUCAACACCCAGCAGGGCACCUUCAUCUUCAUCGUCCACUGUCUCCUUAACCAAGAGGUCAGGCAGAAGUACAGGAAGAUUUGGGAUGGUAUUUGCUGCUAUAAAAACCCUGGCGAAGCUUCAGAGGCUGUGGAGACUCAGGAGACUCAGCACUGAAUUCAGAAGAACAGCAUUUCCGAAAGAAGAAAUCCAAAUUCUGUGAUAAUACCCUGCUGCUGUUUAUUUUCCUAUGAAAGUGUGUUUUCUAUUCCACUUAUACCAAAGCAGCUGAACAAUGUUUACUUGGCAGACCAAAAGCCAUGUUUAGUCUGAAGGCAUAUUUGAAGAUAGUCUGUUGCUAUCACCUUACUUUCCUAUUCCUAUUAAUCAUCUAAUAUCAUUUGCAGGCUUUGUACAAA